ACAUUGCAAUUUCUCAGAAUUAUCUUUCCGGGGGGGUGGGUGUGCGGUUUUGGGCUAAAAGUUGGGAGUUGGUGGCCCAAUAAUUGCUUAGGCAAGGCACAAGGUAAACCCUAGGCCCAAAUUGCAUUUACAAGGACGACAAAAAUGGCGGGAACCAGGAAGAACACGGUGCUUGAUUUGGCGGGAAAUGUCUUUACCUUCUUCAGUGUAUUUAGGGCCCCAAAUCAUGACCAUAAACAAGAGAGAGAUUGAGAUUCAGAGAGAAAACGCAGCCAUGGUUGGACUACCCUACGAUUUCCUCGUUAAUCCUCUUGGAGCUGUUAGAUCAACCUUCGAGAAGGCCAUAUCAUCGGGUUCAAACCCUGCGUCUUUCGAUGGCAAAGACUGGGGUGCCCUCCAGCCAUUUCAACACUUCCUUUUCGACCAAAAUGGUCUAUCUAAGGUUCCCAUUCUUAACGCUUCUAGCGCUAAAUGGCUUCAGCCCAACACCCUUGUUCGGUUCCGGGGAAUGAUUCAAGACAUGCUGGGAAAUGAGUUCUAUGUUGGCGCUUACAAGGAUGGCUCUACUUGGAAAACCACCAAGUUUAUGGAUUCGUCUCAAUGUCCUACUGGCUUUUCACCAGAUAUGCGCAUUUGGGAACGCCGUGUGCUGUACUGUGUGCCUGUUCCAGGUCAAAAUUCUUGGACUGAAUCGUCACGUUUAGGAGAGAGCAAUAAUAGUGCUGAGGGGACAUCUGAGAACAGACAAAAGCGUUGCAGAAUGGAUGAAAAUGGUGUUGAUCAUAUGGACAUUCUUGCUCCAAGUGAUGAGCUUCAAAAUUCUUCUAGUGGGAAAAAGCAGAAAGACGAGCAACUUUCUCCGUGCUCUCAGAAUAUUUCAACUAUGGCUACUUCUAGAAGCACCGCUUGUAAUACUGCAAGGGAUUUUCUUCCUUGUAUAGUUAAGAUUUAUGAUACUGCAGAGUCAGAGUUAAAGUUGAACGAUGUUUUUGAGUUUAUUGGUGUUGUUACCCUGGACACAGAGCUAAAAGUUGACAAGGAUGACUAUGAUGAGUUUUCAAAUGGUUUAAGUGAGGACUUAUCGGUUCAAUUUCCUCCUGACAUGGUACCACGCCUCCAUUGUGUGAUUCACAGGAAACUUGGUGUUCAUGACUUUCUCCACACUUGCCAUGUGUUAGAGCCCACAACCCAUCGAAUUAAAGAGAUACGUACAGCUCUACUGAAUCACCUGACCAUUGCUCUUGGCAAUGAUGCAGUUGCAGCCCAAUAUUUGUUGUUGCAUCUUCUGUCCAAGGUGCAUGCUAGAGUGGAUUCCAUGGCAGUGGGUAAACUUUCACUGAACCUUACAGGUUUUAACAAAGAAAGUAUGUCAAUUUUUGGCAAUCAGCUGAGGCUUACUGUCAAGAACCUUCUCCCAUUUACGGAAUAUAUACCUCUCACAGUGGAAUAUUUAAAUACUGCCUCACUGGCACCAAAGAAGGAUUAUGAGAUAAACAGACUGGUUCCUGGUGUCCUUCAGCUGGCAGAAGGGUCACAUUUGAUGAUCGAUGAAACUCAACUAGAAGUGGGAACACUAAGUUUGCUUGGGGUUGAAAAUGCAAGGUUGCUGAAAAAUCUAAUGGAGUUGCAGAAGGUCGAAUAUGAUUUCAAAUACUACAAAAUGGAUAUGACAACCGAUGUCCAAUUGCUAAUUUUGUCCGAGGGUAAAUCAAACAUUUUGCCAGCUGAUUUGGUUGUGCCUUUCCAACCUUCAGCCCUAGGUUCAACCGCAAUUACUGAUAUGGAUGCACUAGAAGCGUGGAGGUGGUACUUAUCUAAUGUUAGGUUAUUGCCACAUUCCAUUGAGUCAGAAAUUCAGCGGGUUGUAGAAAAUGACUUGGUGGCAGCAAAGCAGGCUGAUAGGAACUUAGGGAGCCAGGACUUGAGCAGAUUGCUAACUAUAGGUCGUCUGAUAUGUGCGAGUUAUGGAGAAACCUCCCUGUCAUUGGAACAUUGGCAGAUGGUUAAGGAACUAGAAAGGCUGAGAAGGGAGAGGCUCAGAUGAGGUAUCCUGUACAACGCACUUGGCAUUUCGUUGUAUGUACUCCAGCUGAUGGGAAGCUUAGAUUUUGUUGUAUGGUAUUGCACCAUUGCGUGUCUGUAAAUCAUGGUAAGGAAUGCACCAAACCGCACGACACAAUUAGUCAGCGUCUAAGGUUUUGUAAACAAGUGGACUUGAGCGGGGCCCAACGUCCAAGCAGAAGAAAACCAAUUCCCACACUAGUUCAAGAUUUAAAUUUUUGUCACUAGUAGUGUUGGAACUUACCCCACCAAAUUCAACAACAGAAAAGCCUGCCACUGCCAUACUUUAGCGGGUACUGCCCAAAACCACUUGUAAUCGAUAAUUUUCCUUUUGGGGAUUUAAUUUUUAUAGAAAAUCGUGUUUAUAAAACACUUGCCUCGGAUACUGAAAGAACCAUUAAAUUUUCUAUGGUGCUGAAGUAACUUCCAGACUUGAUCUGUAUGGUUUUGUGAUUGUA